AUGAGAGAAACAGUGCUAGAACAGGUGGGACACGGCAGACAAGCACUGGCAUCAUUCAGAGAGCAACAUUCCUGCUUGAAGAGUUUCAGAGUGCAAAUCACAAGUUCCAAUCACCCAUCGUCCCACACUCUCACGUGGUCUCCACCGAACAGCCCUUGGUACAAGAUAAACAUAGACUAUGCUGUAUUCAAGCAAGCGCAAGCCAUAGGCAUUGGUGUGGUGGCUCGUGAUCACGAUGGGCAAGUCAUUGCAGCUAUGAGCAAGAAGUUAUGUGUGCCACUCGGCCCACUAGAAGCAGAAGCCAAAGCUAUGGAGGAAGGUAUUAUUUUUGCAUGUGACGUGAGGCUUCAGGAAGUAACAUUUGAAUGUGACUCAGAGCUCCUCUUUCAAGCACUUACGGGUAAAGCAACCCCUUCUGCUACCAUCUCCAAUGUCGUCGCCGCAUGCUUAUGUAGACUCCAAGACUUCAGAGCAGCACAGUUCUCCCAUGUUUGUCGCCAAGGGAAUCGACCAGCACAUAUUUUGGCUCAAUACGUCAAAAAUAUAGAAUCAUUUGUAACUUGGAUUGAGGAAAAUCCGACCAUUAUUGAGAAUGCUACAACUCAAGAUGUAUUCUUGUUUCAAUCUCCUUAA